AUGAUGCGGCCUGCGAGGCGAAGGCGGAGGAGAAGAUGCGUGGCUCCCGCGCUGCUGUGGGCUCUGGGCUGCGUUUCCAAUUUGGCUUUCCCGCGACACUCCGUCGCUGCUGCAGACUUGCCGGAGACGAACACUCUGGAGCAUUUGUUUAUUCCCACAGACUCUGCAGCAGCAACAGGAGCAGAAACAGCAGACCUCUUCACUUUCCAAAACGAAUUCGACGAAGAGCCAACCCUCUUUCCCCCCGAUCCCGCCUCUGCCCCCGCGGCGGCAGCUCUUCCGGGGGGCCGGGCUGCUGCUGCUGCCCUGGCGGGCCGUUCUGGCGCAGCAGCAGCAGCAGCAGCAGGGGGCGCGCCGGUGUCUGCUGCUGCUGCAGCAGGCCCCGGGCGGCGGGCGCGGGGCUUCGCCCAGCCCCGCAGGCCCUCGCGGCUGAGUCUGUCUCUGGGGCUUCUGGCGUGUCUUGUCCUGGCGGUGUCGGCAGCCGCGUCAGGGCGUUCCGCGCUGCGGCUGCUGCUGCAGCAGCAGCAGCAACAACAGCAGCAGCGGCGGGCGUGGGAAAGGCGCGACGCAGCUCUCGCUGCAGCACUUGGCCGCCUCGAAGGCCUGCGAGCCCUGGAGCCCGUAGUGAGCAGCCUGGCGGGGGCCGUGGACAGCCCGGAGGCGCAGCGGCUGCUGCAGCUGUACCGGCAGCAAGUGGAGGUUCCUGCUGCAGCAGCAGGAGACGCAGCAGCAGCCGCGCCGGAGCUGGCCGCGGCUGCAGCAGAACGCGCAGCAGAAGAGGCCCUGGCGCUGCUGCGGCUGCUGCACGACGCAGCCGUGCAGGAGGCCAGCCUGCUGGAGGCCAGCCAGAGAGAAUUCCAUGGCUGCUUCCUUGAAGAUUGGGAAGAAAAAAUAAUUGAACAAGUAGCAGCAAACCAACAAGCUGAGGCUGAGACGGGACCGUUUGUGCAGACUCUGAAGUCGCUGCAGGAGAGCGAGCAGGGGCUGCAGCGGCAGUUUCAGCUGGCGCGGCAGCAGCUGCUGCAGCAGCAGGAGUUCGCGGACGAGCAGCAGUGGCCGCUGCUGGCAGCAGCAGCAGCAGACCUCGCCUGCAUGAAGCGCGCUGCUGCAGCGCGGGCCGAAGCAGCAGCAGCAGCAGCAGAAGUCAAGCGCAACGUCACGGAGACUGUGCGGGCGCUGCUGGCAGCUCGCAGGGAGAAGUUUGCAAGACAGGCGGAGGGGGACUUGGACCUGCUGGACGGGUACAUGCAUUUGCUGCAGCAGCAGCUGCUGCUGCAGCAGGGGGGCGGCGAGCACCGCAGCGCGCUCGCAGCAGCAGCAGCAGCAGCAGCAGAGGCCCCCGAGGAGCGCAGCCAGGCAGCUCUCGAGAGGGCCCAGGGCUUGUUCGUUAGUGCCUCGCAGCUGCUGACUCUGCAUGAAAGGGCUUUGGGGGACUUGGGAGUUGCGGGGAACUUGGGGCGGCUGCUGGAGCUAGCCACGCGUGCUGCAGCACAAGAGCCAGCCAUAGCUAGCUACUUAGACGAGUGCUGGGCCAGUUUGCUGCAGCUGCCGCGCCCCUGCGAAGCCCUCGAAGCAGCAAAGCUGCAGCGGCUAGCCAUAGCAGCUAGCCGUGUGGGGCUGCGCAGCGCGCCCUACAAGGCUUUGGUGCGCAGCAUUUUGGCAGAGGCCAAGGGCAACGCAGCGCGGCCGCGGCGGGGCGACAGCAGCAGCAGCAGCAGCAGCAGCAGCAGCAGCAGCGGGUACUUGAGCCGGGAGGUGACCCUGGGGGCCCUGGAGGACCUGCUGCUGCGGGUCGACGACGCAGAGGCCCUCAUAGGGGCCCUCGACGUGGGGCUUGCUGCUGCUGCGGAGAGGGGCCCCGGGCAGCAAAUAGUUAGGGAUUUGGAACACAGCAAAAAGGCCCUGGGCUCGCUCAUAGAAACGAGCCACAGCCUCGCGAGGCAAAUUGCCCGCCAGAGGCUCACGGGCCUCAUUGAGUUGCAAGUUGAAGACAUCGACGCCCGCGCGCAUGCGGCGAGCUUGCUGCUGCAGCAAAGUGCUGCUGCGCUGCAGCUGCAUGCGCAGUACCUCCGCGCCCGCAAGGAGCUGCAGCUCGCAAAGACCCUCUGGGACGCUGCAGCAGCAGCAGCAGCCAUGCGCUCCCUCGCUGACGAACUCGAACUCGAGGCCUACAAGCUCCAAAGGGGGGGGCUCUUCAACUGA